GGUGAGCUGCAUUAUGUGUCAUCCUUAUUGGAGGUCCAAUGAUAGGGUUCUCUCAGGAUCCAGAAGAGGACAACCUCAUCAGUGCGGGCAUGAAAGUAGACCAGUAAUCUGGUAGGUAUCAGUGCCCCCCAACACCCAAACAAGGUGCAGCGCGGGACCUGGAGGGGAAUUUUGUUGAGUAUACCUGGCUUUACAAGGUAGAGGAAAAACUGCAUAUCAACAUGGAUUAGAAAGGGGUGGGAGAAAGGGAUGGUCAAAAAUUUAGGUUUAUCGUUAAGGGGACCUGUACUGAGAACUAUCGGGGUUGUCAUUAUUGAAAUGACUAGUUGCCCGGCUGUCUCUGGUUUUCAGUGACCCAGAACAAAAAUGCAACAAAGUCGGAGCAUCUGAUCUGCAUUACUUCAGAUCGGCAUUUUCAGAAAGAGAUCCGCAAUGUCCAACUCCACAUUUCCUUCCGUGUACAUUUUGUUACAGGAAUAUACUCACCUGAAUUCAUUUGCUCAUCCCACCCGAUGGGACCUGACAACAUACUACUCCAGCUAAUACGCUAGCCAUGCCACACACAGAUCAUCAAGGUGAGCCGGAUUACUUGUCAUCCACCCAUAUGAUCAUCUUACAUACGCCGUGUCAGCUUGUAUACGUUUUGUUGUGUCUGAUCUACUCUGUCAGGGCAAGGAUGCUUGCUCUUGUGUUGAUGGAAAUGGGAGAAGAGGUUGAAGGACAGGACACAGGUAGCGGGGUGAUGUCUGGACGAUGGGAGGUGCACAAUUUCUGUACAGUGGAUCUAAGGUGAAAUCUCAACUGUUUGGUUAUUGAAUUGAGACAACCUGCCGCUUUGUUCUACAGCUCCGCUCCAUCAGAUUCCUCUGUACAAGUUCUGUUCAAGUGCAAACGGAAUGCAGCUACUGAUUCUCAUCACCCUUUGUCUGCGAAUGGUGCAAGGGCCUCCACCAUGGCUCAGAUCAUUCCACUUAAAAAAGUUCCCACAGGCUGUUCCUCCAGAGUCAUUCUCCGCUACAUGUCAAAAUGUCCACAACAUCACAAGUGCCACUUUGGGUGGAUCACCAUGUAUGUCCAUGGAGGUAUCAGGACAUAGCCUUGUGGACUCUGCAGUUGUGCAGUUGCUUGUUCGUGGCCCUGACAAGCAGUGUGAACACGGAGGCAUAUGCAGCAUGAAAGUUGGAAGCCAAGUUCAGGCUGAGGUGUCUCUAUCUGCUGCUCCGCCGUCGCUUGGACUCUCUUUGACUCUGUGUUCUCUCUCCGCUUCCUCCAAUCCAUUCAACCAAUCCCAUAUCCUGCUUCUAGUGAAUGACUGCCCAUACUCAGCUGGUGUGACAUUCACAUUGGCCACACCCAAGCCUUGCAUCAAGACCCCACCCAGAAAGAGCUUCAGUUUCCAGCUUGACCAUUUCUACAACAGCUCCAUUCAAUUUCUGCACUGUAGAGUAGAGCUGUGUCUGCAGGGAACUCAGUGCGGCACUAGCAAUGGUGUCACCAAACUACCACAGUGUCGUACUCCUGAUGUGCCCUGCACCCCCUUCACUGCUUUACCUUCCAUCUUGAAGCCAAUGUUCCAUCGAACUGUGACCCAGCCAUUGCUGGUUACCAUCUCCACUCCUUCCCGCAAGCCUCUCCAGUCCCUACCUGGUUACAAGAGAUCUCCACUUUCUACAGGCAGAGAAUACUCAGUGCAGGAAGUCGGAGUUGUUGCAGUGAUUGGAGUUUCUCUCUGUUCCUUCUUUCUUGGGAUCAUGCUGACAAUCGGACUUUGGUGCAUUCACAAAAAGACUGUUCCCACCUAUCAAGGGACACAGAGCUCCUGAGGACUUCAAGAUUUCUGACAUACAAACGCAAGAGGAAACACUGUAACCAACUGGAUCCAUAAUAUUGUUCAUUAGAUGAUAGUCGCAAAUAAAAUGUAUAUUCUGUUUUUUUUUA